AUGACGAGCCAGCCGCUGCAGCGGUGGCAGGACCGCGCCAUCUCCAACAUCUUUGCCAUCACGCUCACACGGCCCGACGCCUCGUCGUCCACAGCAUCGCCACCCAAAGUCUACCUCAAGCACCUCGCAGAGGAGCUGACCCAGGAGAACAAUGGCACCCUACCGCCCCUCGACUCGUCCAUCGCAGACCGCAUCCUCAUCUCCCGUCUCUCCCUCGACCCCUCGGACGCCAUGUCCGACGACGCCGACCACCUCGCCGCGAUCGCAGCCCUCCCAAAGGGGCAGACCAGCUGGGACUACCUCGCCGCGGCCUGGACCAGGCUCAAGGCCGAGGAGCCCUUGGUCAAAAAGGCGCUGCCAAACGACCACCAGGCUGCCUCUGCCGCCCUCGACGAGAUGCGCGGCCUCAUCAUCAGCUACAUCGGCCUCGUCCUCCAGACGCCAGACAUGUUCCCAAACGGAGAAAAGAACGGAAAGCCCGUCUCGCCCCUCGUCCUCGUGCCCUCGCUCUCGCGGGUCGCCGCGCCCGUGUCGUCGUUUGGCAUCUCCUCACAGCCGACCAGCUCCAACGUCGACCUCUCGCGCGACUGGGAGACCAUCGACCCGGAGCUGAUGCCGACGUUCGUCGGUGAGCUCGCACAGCGCUUCGGCGACGGCGACGGGCUCGACCAGAUCCUCGGCCCCGCCUAUACCGAGCUCACCCGCCGCAUCCGCGAUGGCGAGGGCGAGCCAUCGGCGGCGUCGGCGGCGAGCGGUCAGGCUGGACCUAGUUCCGCAGCUGCAGGUGGUGCGCCCGGAGCGUCAACUGGCCCUGCGCUCAACAACGAUGCCCUCAACCGUGCCGCUGCGGCGGGCGAUGUGCAGGCGGUCCUCGCUCACCUGCUCGGCCAGGCGGGAGCAGCUGGCAUGCCUGGUGCCGCCGCAGGAGGGCAGGGUCGUGGCGGACGCGGCCCGCAGCUGCCGCCCCAGCGGGCUCCAAAGGAGGGCAUGACGAUAGGUGGCCUCGAGUGGCGUCCCUACGUCAACGCCCUGGUCGAAGCGACGCAGAACAAGCGCAUCGCCGAGAUGCUGACGGCGCUCGACAACUUCAACCCGCAGAGCGACGGCGCCGGCAUCGAGCUCGACUCGCUGCUGGGCCCCGUGCUGCGUCUCUCGAUCUUCCCCGACGGCUUCCCCAGCCUCACGCAGCAGUACUUUGGCGAUCCGGACAACCGGUCGCCGUCCGACAUCCACAGCAACAUGGGCAGCGUGCGGUCCACGCUCGAGAUUGUCCAUUCGCUCAACUUCCGCAUCUGGAACGCCCUGGUCCGCUCGGACCCCAAGGCGCGCGAGCGCGUGCUAGCCUAUUGGGGGCGCGCGUGCGAGCUCAACGCCAAGCGCGGUGCGAUGCAGGUCGAUUCGCGCCUCGUGGCUACCGACGGCUUCAUGGUCAACCUGUUUGAGCUGGCCGAGCGCUUCUGCGAGCCCUUCAUGGACGCCGGCUACACCAAGAUCGACCGGAUCGACCUCGAGUACCUGCGCCACGAGAGGCGCUUCGCGAUCGGCGAUUUGACCCGCCUCAACGCGACCGAGUCCGAGGCCAAGGAGUGGUCGACCAAGGCCGCCGCCGCCGCCGACGCCCAGGCGGCGCCCAACUUCAUCACCGAGGUCUUCUACCUCGCAUUGCGGCUCAACAACCUCGGUCCGGGCAAGGCGAUCCGGAGGCUGGGCGACCUGGAAAAGGACAUGCAGCGGCUCAAGAAGCGCAUCGGCGAGACCGAGGCGGACCGGGCCAUGUGGUCGUCGACGCCCCAGGCGUCGCAGUACGAGGCGUUCCUGCAAAAGGCCAAGGCUGAGGUGGCCAGGAUGCACGCUGGCACCCUGGCGGCCCAGGCGCAGCUGCUUGACCCGGACUUUGUGCAGCGGAUGAUUGUGUUCCACUCGUUUGUCAUGACGUGGCUGGUGCGGCUGGCCGAGCCCAAGGCGUCGCACCCGCACCCCAAGGUGGAGCUGCCGCUGCCGCAGGAGGUGCCGGAGCGCUUCCGGAUGCUGCCGGAGCACGUCUUUGAGGACGUGUGCGACACGAUGCUCUUCGUCUCGCGCUACGUGCCCGACAGCCUGACGGAGCCGGCCAAGAACGACCUGGUGACGUUCUGCACCACGUUCCUGUCGUCGGGCUGGUACAUCAAGAACCCCUUUUUGCGCGCCAAGCUGGCCGAGAUCCUCUUCUACAACGUCAUCCCCUUUGGCCACCACCGCAACGGCAUCAUGGGCGACAAUGUCAACGUGCACGACCUGGCGCUGCGCCACCUGGUGCCGGCGCUCAUGUCGUUCUGGAUCGAGGCCGAGUCGACGGGCUCGCACACGCAGUUCUACGACAAGUUCAACAUCCGCUACCACCUGGCUCAGGUCUUCAAGGCGAUCUGGUCGAACCCGCAGCACAAGGAGCAGCUGCACCGGGUGGCCAAGUCGCGCGAGUCGGACUUUGUCGUCUUCAUCAACCGGCUGAUGAACGACGUCACGUUCCUGCUCGACGACGCGCUCGAGAAGCUCCAGGAGCUGCACCAGAAGCAGAGCGAGAUGGACGACGCCGCGGCGUGGCAGGCGCGGCCCGUCGAGGAGCGCCAGGAGCGCGAGGGCCACGUGCGCAGCAUCCAGGGCGCGGUGCGCGGCGACCUGCAGCUGGGCACCGAGUUUCUGCGGCUGCUCAUCGACUUUACCGCCGAGACAAAGGACUCGUUCAUGACGCCCGAGAUUGUCGACCGGCUGGCGGCGAUGCUCGACUACAACCUCGACCUGCUCGCCGGCCCGCGCUGCCAGGAGCUCAAGGUCAAGGACCCGAAAAAGGUGGCCUUUGAGCCGCGCAACCUGCUGCGCCAGAUCCUCAGCGUCUACCUCAACCUCGCCGUCAAGCAGGAGUUUAUCGCCGCCAUCGCCAAGGACGGCCGCAGCUACCGCAAGGAGACGUUCCAAAAGGCCGCGGGCAUCGCGCAGAAGUACAUGCUCAAGAGCCCGCCCGAGAUCGAGGCCUUUAUCGGCAUGAUUGACCAGGUCGAGACGGUGCGCCAGAUGGAAGCCGACGAGGAAGAGGACCUGGGAGAGGUGCCGGACGAGUACCUGGACCCGCUGAUGGCGACGCUGAUGAAGGACCCGGUGAUGCUGCCGUCGUCCAAGACGAUCCUGGACCGGUCCACGAUCAAGGCGCACCUGCUGAGCGAUGCCACGGACCCGUUCAACCGGAUGCCGCUCAAGAUCGAAGACGUGGUGCCCGCCGACGAGCUGCGCGGGCAGAUCCAGCAGUUUAUGCAGGAGCGCAAGCGGAAGCGCGACCAGGUCGUCGAGCACAAAUAG